GGGCUUUGGAGGGUUGCACCCCUUUUUGCUCUCCUUCUCUCUGCUCCUCUCCACCCCUACUCUCCCUGUUGGACUCCCUGUGGAUCCCCAGCUCCUGCUCCAAUGAGAUCCUCGGCCUGAAGCUGCCAUCGGAGCCGGUGCUGAACGCCAACACAGUGUGCCUGACCCUGCCGGGGCUGACGCGGCGGCAGCUGGAGGGGUGUGUGCGCCACCCUGAUGUCACCGCCUCGGCCAUCCAGGGCAUCCAGAUCGCCAUCCAUGAGUGCCAGCACCAGUUCCGUGACCAGCGCUGGAACUGCUCCAGCCUCGAGACCAAGAACAAGAUCCCCUACGAGAGCAUCAUCUUCAGCAGAGGCUUUCGGGAGAGCGCCUUUGCCUACGCCAUCGCAGCCGCCGGUGUGGUGCAUGCUGUCUCCAACGCCUGCGCCCUUGGCAAGCUGCAGGCCUGUGGCUGCGACCAGAAGCGCCAGGGCGAUGAGGAGGCUUUUCGGCGCAAGCUGCACCGUCUCCAGCUGGAGGCCAUGAACCGUGGCAAAGGCAUGGUGCAUGGGGUGCACAUGGAGCACAUGCCGGCCGAGACCCCCGGCCUCCAGGACUCCUGGGAAUGGGGAGGGUGCAGCCCCGAUGUGGACUAUGGGGAGAAGUUUUCCAAGGAUUUUCUUGAUUCCCGAGAAACCUACAGGGACAUCCACUCCCGCAUGAGGCUGCACAACAACCGUGUGGGCCGGCAAGUGGUGAUGGACAACAUGAGGAGGAAGUGCAAAUGCCAUGGCACCUCAGGGAGCUGCCAGCUGAAGACGUGCUGGCAGGUGACGCCCGACUUUCGCCUGGUGGGGUCCCUGCUCAAGGACCGCUUCUAUGGGGCCACCCUCAUCCGGCCCCACAACCGCAACGCCGGGCAGCUGGAGCCAGGCCACAUUCGGCAUCGCCGCCGGGCCGGCAUCAGCGAACUGGUUUACUUCGAGAAGUCCCCCGACUUCUGCGAGCGGGAACCAGCGCUGGACUCCUUGGGCACCCAAGGGCGCCUGUGCAACAAGACCAGCCCGGGCAUGGACAACUGCGAGAGCCUGUGCUGCGGCCGCGGGCACAACAUCCUGCGGCAGACGCGCAGCGAGCGCUGCAACUGCAAGUUCCACUGGUGCUGCUUCGUGGCCUGCGAGGAGUGUCGCAUCACCGAGUGGGUCAGUGUCUGCAAGUAG